GCUGCUCAUUUGAAUUUGCUUAAAUAAAAUACUCGUAUUUACGGCUAUAUACAGAUGUUCAAAAUCAACUACAAUGUCAGUCAAUGUGUAUUACUUAACUUCACUGAAAGUCUAAAAUAAUUAUUAUACUUUGCGUGCAAGGUGGAAUAAGCAAUUCUAAAGCGUUAAAGUGUAUGUGAAAAUGAUGAAUUAUGGCGCAGUGAUGCUUAACAGACUGUAAACACAGGAUUCCGUACUACAAGUGCCUUUAUUCAUAUUUCUUUUGUAAUAAUUAUUGGCUUAACAUGACGGAGGUGAUAAUACGUAAUAUUUUUAUUGAGGUACUGUUAUUAUCGUUAAUUAAGUACGUACGAAUCAGCACGAUUAUCCACGAGUACGCACGCUUGGGAAAAAUCAGUAUUUUGUGGUUCGCUAAAGAACACUACAGUACUUCUACUUUACUUCGUGGUACUGCCUUGGUGGUACGUUGAGGGAUGCCACUACGCCGUGCCUAUGGAAACGCCCUGCGCUUCUUUCAAGACAUCAACAGGUCGGGCGAACUAGAUUGGGCUGCUUGUUUUUGAUAUCGCGGUGGCAGGCCACACCCAUUGUCUUCGCUUGUAGCCGUGACAUCGUUUGCCGCCGGCAGAACACCGACGCCAAUUGCAAUUGCAAAGGGAUUCAACGACCGGAAGUGGCUUGUUAACCAAAAUAGCAAAGCAGGCGCUUAGUAUCGACGCGCGCCGACAAAGGUUACUAUUCUUGGAUGUACAUGUGUGGCAAUUUUUUCGAAUUCGUAUUAGAAGGAUUCGCUUGAUGUAUGCUUUUCCCCGGAGCGUCAUUGUCUCCGGGGUAAUUCCACAAACUGCUCCCUUGCUUCGUUGCACUUAUGAAUCCACUUCGUUCCGUCGUUUCGAUCAUCGAUGCCUACUUUUAAUUCACUGAAUUUACUAACAGAUUUCAAAUAUCGGACCGAAGGUACAAUAGCAUCGCCAUCGAUUCUUCAUGACUGUAUUGUACCAUGUCAUUGCCGAUCGACUUUACACAGACCACACGAUGGAUGGUUUAUUUGACUCCUAAGUGUGAGCAAAACAACUCCACCGCUGCCCGCUCUUGUUAAUAUCCGGCCGAUCAUGAAGAUCCCCCACCAGUCAUCUUUUGACUCGUUGCCUAAAUUAUUCUGUAAUGUUCUCGCACCCGCGGAUUAGUGCGCUACAUGUAUGAGGAUACCGAUCAAUCCCGCCGAAGUCCCGCAUUCACGCCGGGGUCAUUAUGCGGCGUUGCUCUACUUUCAUUUGAUCAUUUCGCCAAAUUAAAACAGAUUCGUGGCAACACCACCGGGGAGGAUGAAGUCACCGGUAAUGGCAACAAUUCCCCAGUCGGGCAGCAAUCGAACUGGCGGCCUGCACACGGACAAAAGCUUCCGCAUAUUGUCACGCGCGUCGUCCAAAAAUGGUUGGCAUUAUCUUCUGCUUUUCUUCCACUGCUGCUAACGCCGCAAUUAACGGUCCACAAUACAUGAGGCUUUUUCCACACGCCGGCCACAAUCAACUGACGCGCGGCUGUAUUAUCUCUGCACAUUCCCUCGGGUGCACUGUACAGCGGUUGUUGGUGGGAACAAAUCAAUGUAUUAACAAAUCCUGGCGGAUGUUCAGUCUAUACGGUGCACCGGUGGUACAAUUUGUACGCGGAGCGUCAUCGCGCCAUGAACGACUGAAGGAGAAGCCGGCUGUAUGCAUCACAGCAACGCAGGGGAAAGAAGCCAGUGCCGUGGAUAUCUUAUGCCGUUGCCACUGCUUUCACUCACGCAACCUGUCAGGCUGCCAUACUGCGCACUUCAUUAUCCUGCCAUUCCCAACUUUUACGCACCAUUAACACACUCCCUUCAACACUGGUUACUUCCGCAAUCAGGCUAACAUUUAUAUGUAUAUGCCGGUGGAGAAUCUCGACAUCCCGCGAUUUCAUUGUUAGGCUGAAUUCAGUUGCACAAUUCGUGUGAUGGUUGUGGUUGUUCCGUGAUGGCACGGUAGGGUGUAUCCAUAAAGGUCGAAUUAGCCUCAUCAGGUAAUUUGUCGGACCCGGGAGGAUGGCUAACCACAGCAGUCUGGCUUAUUAUGCGUGGUUCUCGCUGAGCGACUGCUCCGGCAAUACAUCCGAUUCGCUCUGGCUAAACCAGUCGCACUGCCGACCGCCCAAGAUACCACACAAGGUCAUCCAGCGCAUUGCCUUGUUGUCGGUGUUCAUGGUGUUGGCGUUGGUGGGCAAUGUGACGCUGCUGUGUGUCGUCUGCCGUACCCGGAUGUCCAAACAGCCCUUACAAGUCUUCUUCGUCUCACUGGCCGUCAGCGACAUCCUGAUUGCGCUAUUCAGCAUGCCGACGGAAGUGUUCUGGGAAGUGUUCGGCGGUUGGGUACUGGGCGAGGUGGCCUGCAAGGGUUUGACCUAUUUGCAGUUCAUCCUCUUCGCCAGCACCUGCCACAUCCACAUGUGCAUCGCCUGGGACCGAUGGGAGGCCAUCAGCGACCGCGGCAGCACCCUGCGACUGCACAGCCCCAAACGCAUGCGCCGCCGCUACACCAUGGUCGCCGCCUCCUGGCUCCUGGCCACACUCAUUGCUCUGCCGCAACUCUUCGUCUUUGUUCAGGUAGACGUGGGCAUCAGCACUGACGGCAGCCGCAUUAGCUCCUGUGCGUCCAAUGGCUACAGCGCCGCCUGGCAGCGCAAACUGUACGUCAGCUGGACAGCGGUUUACAUGUUCCUCAUCCCGCUGCUCGUUAUCUCUGUGUGCUACGCACGCAUUGCCAAAGCGGUGUGGAUCUACGACCGCAAGAUGGCAUCGGCGUCGGCCGGCCGCCACUGGAACACCCGCUCCGACACACUGAACCGCAGCCGGCAUGGGAUGCACAGUGCCGCAAUGGGCAGUGCCGCUAAUGGAAAACUCUUGCCUAGCCCCCCGGAGGAGGCGGCACCAGCUGGCACGUUGUCGCGGGCCAAACUGAAAACCGUGCAGGUGACGGUGUGUGUGUUGGUCUCGUACACGUUUUGCUGGAUUCCUUAUUUCACCGUUGCUCUCGUCAACGUCUGGUCAGACUACAGGUACAAAGACGCCAUCAGCAGCUCCUCGAUCGGCGUCCUGGCGCAAUGUCUAUGCUGGUUCAGCAGUUGCGUCAAUCCUAUUAUUUACGGCUGCUUCAACCUGUCGGCGGUGUGUCGGUGGCUGGCGGUCAAACUGAAAGCCUGCUGCCACUGCCCAUGUCCCUGCCGCACCGACAAGCCGCCGCGGUCCCUCACCGUCAACGGCCGCCAGCUGCCCUUUCCUCUGCGCACCCACUCGCCGGCGGUGGUGCGCACCGACAGCAGCGACAGCUCCUGGCGUAGCGUUCUCUUUCAGCGGUGGCGCAGUCGUAGCGCCUACGCGCUGCCGGUCAGUUAUGUUUCGGCAGGCGGCUGGCGCGACGAUUCAUCGGCGCGGGCCGCCCGCCCCGCGUGGUCUUGGCCAGUGGCCUAAUAUCUGCACCAUCCGUCCGCUCACCCUUGCAUAAUUUUUCGACUGUUGACCCUUAGGUUCGCUCAUGCUUCGCUUUGAUUGCUCCAGAACAAUACGUUACUGAUUACUGCGUCUUUUCUCUUGUUGAUACUAAAUGGAGAACUAAAUGUACAG